CAGAUUUCUCUCCCCAAUUGUUUUUUUUUCUUUGCAGACACGCUGGGCGAGGGAGCCCUUGGCGGACGUGGACAUUCUGGAGCCCUUCAGUGUCUAGGUGGACCAGACACUGAAGCCAACUUCUCAAGGUCCUUCCCCUAUGAAGAUCUCAUGUGGGCACUGUCAACAUCAUGGACGCCAGCCAUAGGAAGCAGAAAAUCUCCGCGGUAGGCCGGUGAGUGGCAUCUUCUGAAGGAUCCGGAGGCUGAAAGCUCUCCAUCAAAAACCCUUCUCCAAGGACUGAUGAGCCCAAAGCGGUCUCAAGGGAAGACAGAGAGAGGCCUUGAGUGUUGAGGGACGGAGUAGUCUAGACAGCCACACACAUGUCACUCGCCAUGAAAGCUCGAAAGGCGAAACGGAAGGGUGCGGCUAAGGAUCGCGUCUUCGGGUGUGACUUAGUGGAGCAUCUGCAGCUAUCUGGCCUGGAAGUCCCCCAGGUCCUGAAGAGCUGCACGGAUUUUGUGGAGCAUCAUGGGAUUGUGGACGGCAUCUACCGGCUCUCGGGGGUCUCUUCAAACAUCCAGAAACUAAGGCAGGAGUUUGAUAGCGAACGCAACCCGGAACUCAACCGAGACGUCUACCUCCAGGACAUCCACUGCGUGAGCUCCCUCUGCAAGGCCUACUUCCGAGAGCUGCCCAACCCGCUCCUCACCUAUCAGCUCUAUGACAAAUUUGCGGAUGCUGUAGCCAUCCAGAUGGAAGAGGGCCGGCUGGUGAAGAUCAAAGAAGUGCUGAAGGAACUCCCGUCACCACACUACAGGACCUUGGAGUUCCUGAUGAGGCAUCUGGUCCACAUGGCCUCUUACAGCCCCCAGACCAACAUGCACGUACGGAACCUGGCCAUCGUCUGGGCGCCCAACCUGCUCAGGUCCAAGGACAUCGAGGCCUCCGGUUUCAACGGCACAGCAGCCUUCAUGGAAGUCCGGAUCCAGUCGAUCGUGGUGGAGUUUAUCCUGACCCACGUGGAGCAGCUUUUUGGAGAUGCUCCUCUCUGCGGAGCCACCCGGGAAUCAAUCAGGAAAUCCCUCCUCCUCAUGGGAUCGCCAGCCGCCCUGCUCGAUGAGAAAUAUUGCUUUUCCUACAACGUCCCAGCGAUGCUGAACCAGGGGGACGGCCCGCCCCAGAUGCGCCCGUACCACACCAUCAUCGAGCUCAACGACAGCAAAAGAAAAGGCUCCCUUAAGGCAAAGAAAUGGAGGUCGAUCUUCAACCUCGGCCGAUCCGGCAACGACUCCAAGCGCAAGUCGAACAAGGAGGACAAGGAUGACAAAGUGUCCAAGAUGCGGCUGCGGCCGGCCAAAAGCAUGGAUUCCCUCAGCUCUGUGCCGUGCAUUAGUGACGUGUGCAUUAGUGACGAUGAGCCCCAUCUGGGAAGGAAGAUGUCCCAGAAGCAGCUUCUCCUGUGCCGUGAGAGUUUUGACGGACCCGCUUCGCUGGACAGCAGUUUCCUGGAGUCCGACGAGUAUCCCGAGAAGAUCAAAGCCGAAGAACGGCAGGGCGAAUCGGAGGGCGAAGCCACGGCCAAGUCGGAGCCGACCACCCCGAAACCCAGCAGGUCUAGCAUUACCGGGGUGGCCCCUCCGGGCCGGUCCCCCAAGACGGGACGGAGCCGGGCGGAGAAGUGUGUGGGGGUCCACAUCUCGGGGCCUUUCAGCGUCACCGUCCCAUUCCACAUCACCUCCAACCUCACACUGUCCCGCCUGACCCGGGGACUAGAGUGCCCCGCCCUGAACCACUGUACUUUGGAGAAGGAGAUGGCCGAGAGGGGCGCUGAUGCCAAAGAGGAGGGCGAGGUUUCUAAGCAGGAAGAAGGCGUGUCGGAUCCAAUGGCCACCAACAAGGAAGAUCCGACAGAAGCAGAUGCAAGCCUGGAGUACUUGCUUGACUUGGAGAAGAACCAGAUGUCCAUGGAGGUCCAGGAUUCCUUCUCAUUCCUUGACAGUCAGGACGCCUGGCUGGGUGAGAGCCUAGAUUGCGAUCAGCCCUGGAAGAACCACCACCCAGACCCCUCAGGAGGGGAAGUGGAUGGUUUCCCAUUCCCGGAAGACGAGAUGGGGAGUGGAUUCAUGAAUGAGAUGAUAGGAGGCGGGAUGCAGCUGGAAAUGCCUUCUGGUCUCCCACCGCUGGCUUAUUUGUCCAUUGAGGAGUGCAUGAAUGAACAGUCGGAUGAGGAAGACGACCAGUAUUACCUAGCUACGGGAUGCUUGGAAGUUGACGCCCCCAAAGAGGUCGACUCCGAAGAAGUCUUUGUGAGCGCUUUUGACGAUCUCAGCCCAUUAGCUACUGAACUGCGGCAUCUUUCAGAGCUUGAUGAUCUACCCCCUCCCCCCAGCAUCUUGGAAGACCAACCCUUCAGCCUGGCCAUAGGGUUCUCUUCUGGGGGCCCAAGUGUCUCUCAUCAGUGGCAGGCAAGUCCAGAGCCCCUCCCAGGCAGCCUUUCAGCGCACGACCCAGGAUUCGCCGAUUCGUCUCUGGAUCCAGAUUUCACCAACCCGUCUGAGGAAGAGGAGAGGGUCUCCUUGAGCUCCGGAAGCCUGGAAAAGGUUCUGGAGGAUGAUGCCAAGAUCACAGAUUUGCCGUGGAUCGAAGAUGCAGAUGUGGGAGGUAGAGACCCCAACCCGCAGGUGGGGUCCUUGCUGCACGAAGAAUGCCCUGGCGAUGGCGUGCCAGAAGAAAACCACCGAAGAUCUCUGGAUCUGGAGGGUGAAAAGCAUAGCACUCAACCCAGCCCUGAACGGCAACCACACGCUUGGAGUGCAUCAGAAACGGAGCAGGGACUCUGGCCGCCUUGUGACUCCAGCCUAGACGCUGAUGGGCUUACACUGGAGGUUGCUGGAAUCUGUGACGAAAAUGUGGGCUGGGGGCUCCCAAUCCAGGAGGCAGAUCAGCUACAGAGUGGAAAGGACGACCAUCAGCCUCCGCCAGCAGAAGCCCCUUCGACACAAAGAGAUCCCACUUUGCUAGGAGCUGACCUGGAGGUUUCCCCUUUGCUCGGCAGGAGCUCAGAAGCAGCCUUUUGUGAGGACUUCCUUGUGCCUCCUCCCUUACUUGGGGUGAGUUCUGGCCCUCCAGACCUCCCAUGGCCAGAGAGUGGGCUGGAGUCUGACGGAUGGUCACUCCCCGGAUCGCCUCCUCAGAGCUGCCCGGCAAGCCCUCUGCAGAAACCUCCACGUGCCCCAGUGGCCAAAGCUCCAGGCGCCUCCAAGCACAGCAUCUCCGACGGGAGCGUCCACAUGCAGCUGGCCUCCAGCACCACCCGCAUCCAGCAGGCGAGAUCCUUUCCAGUGGUGCCUCCAAAACCCCAGUUCGCCAAGAUCCCUCCUUGCUUAACGCCAAAAACGCCCACCGAGGAAGCUUCGGUCUCAUGGCCUGACCCACCUGCCCUAGAGGAGAACUGUGGGAACGGGACGCAGGAGGGGCUGGACGAGGGCUCUGCACGCAGGGCCCCUCACCCCGUUGUCCUGGACACGUGCCGCGGCGCCGCGGAGAGCAACGAACCCGCAGCCGUACUUCCGGCACCUUCCGAGACGCCCGCCUCUCCAGAUAGCUGCGGUUGCAACCCGGAUGUUCUCCAGAAACAGCGAAAUUCCAUGCCGGUGAGUUUAGAAAGAUAUGGCAGAGAUGGCGACGGCAGAGGAGACGCGGCCCCCAAGCCCCCGUGCUCCCCGCGGGAUAAAUACGGCCCUCGGUCCAAGAGCACGGACUUCAGCGGAGACUACCUCCGAUACGUGAAGUCCUUUUCGCCAGAGAGUUUCGAUCAAGGCGGUGGCAGCCGCCUCAAGAGCGGCGAGGGGAACGGCGAAUCCCCACAGAAGCCGGACAGGCACAGCACGGAGAGCAGUGGGGCAGCCCCCGCCAAGCAGAGGCGCUCCAGCUGGCGGAAUGGGGGCAGCAUGUCGUUCGACGAGGCCGUGGCCUUGGCCAAAGAGAGGCAGGCGUCCCAGGUCCCCAUGCGGAGGAUGCAGACCUACUGCUGUGGAGACGCGGAGGUGCCACGGAGCCCCCCCAGAGCGGAGAAGCCUCCCCCUCACCCCAAGCCUGCUCUGAAGCCCCUGGGACAUCGGCUCCUGAGGCCUCUGAGUUGCAUAGGCCCGGCCGCAUCCCCGGAAACCCUCGUGUCAGGCAAUCCGCUUCGUGCUCAAGCGUCGUCCGAGGCGGGCCGAGACGGCCAACUGCCGCCCAGCCAGGAAAUGGCAUCUUUUCCUCAUGAUCCCCCACCGAGGAGCAGGCUGAGUUUGCCAAAGAUAGGACGACGCUUGUCGCUCUCCGAAGAGCUGUCUGGCUUGGUGCCCCAAGAGCAGAGGUGACUGGAGUUGGGGGUCAAAGCCCGGCCUCGGCAGCCACGCCUGACUCCAAGAUGGGUGGACGCCCGUCACGCCUGCCGCUGCUUUGCACUGAAAGAGGUUCUUCUUGCCCUCCCCUGAUUCACUCCCCCACCACCCCACCGUCGUUCUGAUUAAUGGAUACCGUAGCGGGUUCCGUCUCACGUUCUUCUGGAUCGUAUCUUCUCCAGAGCCGUUCUGUUUGGUUGCAGAGAACCCUGAAGGAAAGAAGCAGAGAGCUUUUCCAUCUCCCUCCAGUUAAGCUUUCCUUUUUGAAACCCAUAUAAUUUCCUGGAAAGGCACACACACAGAAAUGGAACAAUUUAACACUGAACCCAAGAGGGUCUUUGUAUCCCUUAGGAUCUAAAAUGGUUUGUGGCCAUGCGGCCCCCAGGAAUGGCAGAACCGUGUCUGCUUAGAGGGAAAAGCCAGCUAUUUGGGUUAGUGCUCUCUGUACCACGGGCAGGAUCCUAAAUGAGGCCUAGGCUGCAGUCGGUCCUAUCCACACUUAUUUCAAGAUGAAGUCCUGUUGAAAAACAAUAAAAAUGCACAGGAGGAAGCAUACUUAGGGUGGGGGUGUAAGCAUCCAGAACCUUUCAGAAGUAGUAGCAGUUACAGAGCAAAAUAUCUGUAUUUACCCAAAUACAAGACGGUUUUGGAUUUAGGGCGAGCCCCUUAAAAAUAGAGGAUAAACACAGGUCGUACCUAUAUUUACCCAAAAGGAACAGUCUGAAUCUAAGACGACCCACAGACUUCUAACAUCAAAGAACUUGGGAACACCUGGGUAAAUACAGGUAGGUCCCCCCCCCCAUGGAAAGCAAAUGUCUGUGCUGUAGGUUGGUAAUGGGGGACCCAGACCUUGCUGUCAUGCCCCACGACUCUGUUGGGGGGCGCCAGGGUGGAUGGGAUUCAAGAUUUUUGACACUUUUUGUUUUAAUAAGGGAUUUAAAUGUGUUUUUAAAAACUUGAUUCUUAUCCACCCCUAAUUGCGCAUUUGAAAGCAAACAAAGAAAGAAGGCUUCUCAGCAUUUUCAAAGCAAAUUCCUUUGGAAUUUGCAUUGCUAAAGCAAAUCUCUCCUGCAGCCUUCUCUUGGUGUAUUGGUGGCACUUGACUCUCCAGAUGGUUUGCCAAGAAAUUUAAAGGUAAAGUGUGUCCUCAUGUCAGUUUCAACUCCUGGCGCCCACAGAGCCCUGUGGUUGUCUUUGGUAGAAUACAGGAGGGGUUUCCCAUGGCCUCCUCCCAUGCAGUAAGAGAUGAUGCCUUUCAGCAUCUUCCUAUAUCGCUGCUGCCCGAAAGCAACCUUCUGAUUGUUAGUCAAUCAUUUCCUUGCUGGGACUGACAAAAGGAAGUACUUUUUCACACAACGCAUAAUUAACCUAUGGAACUUUCUGCCACAAGAUGUGGUGACGGCCAACAGCCUGGAUGGCUCUAAGAGGGGUUUAGAUAAAUUCAUAGAGGACAGGUUUAUCAAUGGCUACUAGUCUGAGGGCUAUAGGCCACCUCCAGCCUCAGAGACAGGAUGCCUCUGAAUCCCAGUUGCAGGGGAGCAACCGCAGAAAACGGCAUGCCCUCACCUCUUACCUGUGGGCUUCCCAGGGGCAUCUGGUGGGCCACUGUGUGAAACAAGAUGCCUUGGGCCUGAUCCGGCAGACUCUUCUUAGAUGAUUGUUGAGUCCAAAGCAAAAGAUCCAUCACUAUAAAAUCCAAGGGAAAGUGUUGUGGUAUGUAGGGGAAAGGCAGUGGAGUUGAAUCAGGAAUAUGAACACUUAAAUGAGACAGAUAUUAUGUACAGAGAGGCAUGUGCAGUCUGCCUUCAGUGCUCUUGCUGCUGGCCAAGGCGGCCUGCAUCAGUGAAUGGAUUAACCAAAAACACCACAAUCACCACUGUAAAACUGGGCGGGGGGGAUAAUAAAAAUAGUUUGCAGUA